UCCCCCCCUUCCCUCCCCCCCUCCGUCCCUCCCCUCCCUUUCCCUCUCUCCGUAUUCCUCCGACACCAUGACGAACUUCGAGUCAGAGCAGUUUUUCAAGCAGCUCAAGGACGGUGUUUCCGGCUUGCCGAGUGACGCCAAAGACCGCAUCCUCAAACAGGUGAACGGCCUCUUCCAGUUUGACAUCACCAACUCCGAGGGUGUGACCAAAAUCUGGACGCUCGACCUCAAGGCCGGCACUGCCACCGCCGGGUCCCUGGUCGAGGGGCCAAUUUCUGGCCGCCGGCCAGACGUGAUCCUUAAGAUGACCGAUGAGAACUUUGCAAAGAUGGCCCGUGGCGAGCUCAAUGGGCAGAAGGCUUUCAUGGCCGGGCAGCUGAAGGUCCGUGGCAAGAUUGUCCUCGCCACCAAACUCGACACCAUCCUCAAGACCGUCCGGGCUGCCGCCUAAGGUGUCACUCCCCUUCCUUUGCAAAAAGCAUGGCCGCUGAGAUGGCCCUUCGGCCCAGGAGACCGUCUCUUCCGGAUAACUAUACCAGCUCCCAUGAAUGCCCCCUCCUCCUUUUGCAUGGAGAAUGUGUCGAUCAUCCAUGCCCUCUCUGUGCCUCCCGAUGCCCCUUCUGCUGGCGUCCCGAAAAGCAUCCCGUCGACAGGGUCUCGUCCUGCCUCCCGGCCCCGCCACCUAAGCAUCCUGGAUGGGGGGCUCCUUCAACAAUACAUCUCGGCCCUGCGUGA